AUGGCGGACUUUGUCGUUAUUAUGAUUGUGAAUGUUCCGAUGCAUAUGGCCGGUUUAUAUACUUUUGGUAAAAGGAAUAAUGCUUAUGUUCGAGUGGGAAAAUUCUGUGACCUGGCUACUAGGGGAACGAGAGUUAUGCAGAAUCCAGUCUUCAGCUAUUUUCUCGGUCGUCCCAAGCAGCUGCAGCAAGCUCUUUUGGGUGCACAGGGAUGGGGUUUUUUUCCAGCAACUUGGCAGUAA